AUGAUUUUCAGAAAAUCGAAAAAAAUGUCAGGUUCCCCAACUUUGCUAGAAUUGCCUAUAACAAUCGCUAACCAAAUUUUGGAAAAACUGGAGCCCAUGGCUAUGCUAACCUGCCGAAAAGUAUGCCGAACCUUACGAUCUACCAUUGACAGACUUGGAAUUCUAUACGGUGACAUCAGAUUCGGCAUUUGGGAAAAUAGCGUGACUAUGAAUUCGGACGGGGUUGACUUGGAAUUUACUGAUGCGAAUAGUGUGACUCACGACAUACUAAACAGGAGAAUCUUAGGAGACAACUAUUUGGGAAGUGCAUUCAAGGAUUUGAAGGUGCUCUUGGAGCACGCAAAAGGCUUGGCUAUUUGUAACUACUCGGAAGAUGAUAUAUAUGCAACCGUUUUAAUAGACGUCUUGAAAGAAAAAGAAUGCAUCCACAUCAAGAAAGUUGUAUUUGAAUAUUUUUCAUUUAAUGAUAUUGUAUCACUCCUGCCUUACUUCAAUGCUCAAGUGCUCCAGGAGAUUCGAACUGAAGAUAGUGGCCUUAUAGAACAAUUUGAACGAAUAAUUGCGCUGGAUCAAUGGAAAAAUGCAAAAAAGUUUGUGAUUUUGGAUUCAGUAAUUGAUAGUAACCAUAUGGAACAACUAUUUCAUUUUGAAGAGUUUCUCGUUAAUCUGGAUGAUUUUUCUGUAGAGCAUGCAGUUCAAAUAAGAGAUAAUCUCCUGAGAAAAAGCACUUUCAAGAAGUGUACUGUAAGGUUCCAUAGCACAAAUCCAACGAGGGUGGCAAAAAUAUUUCAACCGGACUAUACCGAUGACGAGGAGUUCAAAUUCGAAUAUUCAAACGACGAGAAUACAUUUUUGAUUCAUUUUAGAGAACUGUCUCUCAAUCAUUAUGAGCUUUUUAUUGAAAAGUGUUUAUUAAAAUAAUUGGCAAAAUAAAAUCUUUUUUUUUU